CCCCGCCCCUCUGCCCCUCGCCGCGCGGCCCUUCAAGGCGCUGGCGCAGCGAUGGCGGAGGCCGUGGAGCGCACUGACGAGCUGGUCCGCGAGUACCUGCUUUUCCGCGGCUUCACGCACACGCUGCGACAGCUGGACGCCGAGAUCAAGGCGGACAAGGAGAAGGGGUUCCGGGUGGACAAGAUUGUGGACCAGCUGCAGCAGUUAAUGCAGGUGUAUGAUUUGGCUGCUCUUCGUGAUUAUUGGAGCUACUUGGAGCGUCGGCUAUUUAGCCGCUUGGAGGAUAUAUAUAGACCCACCAUCAACAAGCUGAAGACCAGCCUGUUCCGCUUUUAUCUUGUCUACACAAUCCAGACAAACAGAACCGACAAGGCUCAGGAGUUCUUUGCAAAGCAGGCCAUGGAGCUCCAGAACCAGGCGGAGUGGAAGGAUUGGUUUGUCCUGCCCUUCCUGCCAUCCCCAGACACCAACCCCACCUUUGCUACCUACUUUUCUCGACAGUGGGCCGACACCUUCAUUGUGUCCCUGCACAACUUCCUGAGUGUCCUGUUUCAGUGCAUGCCAGUCCCUGUGAUCCUGAACUUUGAUGCGGAGUGUCAGAGGACCAACCAGAUUCAAGAAGAAAAUGAAGUUCUGCGUCAGAAGCUUUUUGCAUUGCAAGCUGAAAUCCACCGACUGAGGAAAGAGGAGCAGCAGCCAGAAGAGGAAGAGGCUUUGGUCCAACACAAAUUGCCUCCUUAUGUCUCUAAUAUGGACCGCCUGGGGGACUCGGAACUAGCCAUGGUGUGCAGCCAGAGGAAUGCCUCCCUCUCCCAGUCGCCUCGUGUGGGCUUCCUGUCCUCACUGCUGCCUCAGAGUAAGAAGAGCCCCUCAAGGUUGUUGCCUGCCCAGGGGCCCCCUCAGGCUCAGAGCUCGGCCAAGAAAGAGUCCUUCAGCAGUCAGGUCACUAAGGGAAAGGACCUGACGUUCGGGGCCAAGGAUGGGAAGAGCCUCCUCGGCGGGCUUGCCACUGGGGAGUCCAGUUGGUCACAGUACCGGCAGCGGCGCUUGCAGGACCACGGCAAGGAGAGGAAGGAGCUUUUCUCUACCACCACUUCCCAGUGUGCAGAGAAGAAGCCGGAAGCCAGUGGCCCAGAGGCAGAAGCCUGCCCAGAGCUCCACGCGGAGCCCAUGGAGCCGCUUACUCGGGCUUCCGCGGGCCCCGAGGGUGGCGGGGUCCGCCCCGAGCAGCCCUUCAUCGUGCUGGGGCAGGAGGAGUAUGGGGAGCACCACUCGUCCAUCAUGCACUGCAGGGUGGAUUGCUCUGGGAGGAGGGUCGCCAGCUUAGACGUAGAUGGGGUCAUCAAAGUGUGGUCCUUCAACCCCAUCAUGCAGACCAAAGCAUCCUCCAUUUCCAAGUCACCACUGCUGUCUUUAGAAUGGGCCACCAAGCGGGACAGACUGCUCUUGCUGGGCAGUGGUGUGGGGACAGUACGUCUUUAUGACACAGAAGCCAAGAAGAAUCUCUGUGAGAUCAGCAUCAACGACGACAUGCCCAGAAUCCUGUCCCUGGCGUGCAGCCCCAGCGGGGCCUCCUUCGUCUGUUCGGCCGCAGCCCCGAGCCUCACUUCCCAGGUGGACUCCUUGGCACCUGACAUGGGCAGCAAGGGCAUGAACCAGGUUCCUGGCAAGCUGCUGCUGUGGGACACGAAAACCAUGAAGCAGCAGCUCCAGUUCUCCCUGGAUCCAGAGCCCAUUGCCAUCAACUGUACAGCCUUUAAUCACAAUGGGAACCUGCUGGUCACGGGGGCAGCCGACGGUGUCAUCCGCUUGUUUGACAUGCAGCAGCACGAGUGUGCGAUGAGCUGGAGGGCCCACUGCGGGGAGGUCUACUCCGUGGAGUUCAGCUACGACGAGAACGCCGUGUACAGCAUCGGCGAGGAUGGCAAGUUCAUCCAGUGGAACAUCCACAAGAGCGGCCAGAAGGUGUCUGAGUAUGGCCUCCCCUCCGACGCCACCGGCCCCUUUGUGCUGUCUGGAUACAGCGGCUACAAGCAGGUUCAAGUCCCCAGGGGCCGACUCUUCGCUUUUGACUCUGAAGGCAAUUACAUGCUGACAUGUUCUGCCAUGGGGGGCGUCAUCUACAAGCUGGGUGGUGAUGAGAAGGUUCUGGAGAGCUGCUUGAGCCUGGGUGGCCACCGGGCCCCUGUGGUCACCGUGGACUGGAGUACUGCCAUGGACUGCGGGACCUGCCUCACCGCCUCCAUGGAUGGCAAGAUCAAGCUCACCACCCUCCUGGCCCAUAAACUCUGAUGGCCCUGCCCUGAGGGACACCCACAGCAGUAUUAUCCUGGGCGGGGGGGAGACACACGGUGGAAACGGAGCUCCACUGGCAGCCCCCUGCCGGUGCAGCAGGUCUUCAGGAGAGACUGUCUGAGGAGCUCAGGCACUGCCCAGCUGCGGUGACUGCAUGGAGUCACGUGGAGCAGGUGGCUUGUGCUUCCCAGAGACCAGUGUUGUGGGCUGUGCCAGACGCAUGCCUCAGAGGAAAGCUCCGGAAGAAGGAGAAACUGUGACAGCUGCUGUGUUGGCCCAGGAGAAAUUGACAGUAUUAUGUAUAUAUUUGCUCAUUUUUCUUCUUUUUUAAGAAAAGAGAAU